UUUUCAAAUCAAAGCAUCUCCACUGGGUGGAAUUUCAGUAUUUUGCUGUCAUUUUGAUGUUUGCAUCUGGGCUUCAUCUGUUCUACUAGCCACUUCUGCGAGGAUGGGGGCAGGAGCUCUCGCCAUCUGUCAAAGUAAAGCUACAGUUCGGCUGAAAGAAGACAUGAAAAAGAUAGUGGCAGUGCCACUAAGUGAGCAGAAGAAUUCUACCUAUACGAAGUUAUUUGGCGUCAGCCUCCAAGACCUUCAACAGCAGGGACUCACUGUGAAUGGCAUUCCAGUUAUAGUGGGGAAUAUAGUGGAGUACUUGAUGAAGAAUGGACUCACCCAGGAAGGCCUUUUUAGGGUGAAUGGCAACAUGAAGGUGGUGGAGCAGCUGCGCCUGAAGUUCGAGAGCGGCGUGCCCGUGGAGCUCCGGGAGGACGGCGACGUGUGUGCAGCGGCCAGUCUGUUAAAGCUCUUCCUGAGGGAGCUGCCCGAGAGUGUGAUCCCCGCAGCCUUGCGUCCUCGGUUCCUUCAGCUCUUUCAGGAUGACACAAAUGAUGCUCAGGAGAAUAGCUUAAGAGCCUUAAUAAAAGAGCUGCCAGACACCCACUACUGCCUCCUCAAGUACCUCUGCCAGUUCUUGACAAAGGUAGCCGAGCACCAUGUGCAGAAUCGCAUGAAUGUCCACAAUCUCGCCACUGUGUUUGGGCCCAAUUGCUUUCAUGUGCCACCUGGGCUUGAAUGCAUGAAAGAGCAAGACCUCUGCAACAAGAUAAUGGCUACAAUACUAGAAAAUUACAAUACCCUGUUUGAAGUAGAACACACAGGAAAUGAUAACCAGAGUUGUGAAAACCCAACGAAGCUUAUCAUCGUAAAAGAGGCCAGUUAUAAGAACUCCACACCCAUCCUUCUAACAAAAGACUUAGAAAGAGAUGUGCAAAAACCAUCUCCAAAAACCAAGAUCCCAAAGUCCAAGAGUGAGGGGUCUCUUCAGGUCCACAGGGUACCACAGCUCGAGCGAUGUGAUGGUAUUGCUCAGGUCAGCCUGCGGCUAAGUCGUAGAAAACCCGGCUGGGGUGACAUGAAUUCAGCAGAGGACGCUAGUGGGGCCAAGUUGGUAUCCAGUUCACAGGAGGAUGAAAGACCUCUGUCACCUUUCUAUUUGAGUGCCCGUGUAUCCCAAGUCAGCAGCGUUUCAACCACAGGAGAACUCUUAGAAAGAACUAUCCGGUCAGCUGUGGAGCAGCAUCUUUUUGAUGUUAGUAGCUCUGGUGCCCAAAGCUCAGAGGACUCAGAAUCUGGAACAUCCCUAGCCCCUUCCACCGCAUCCGCCAGGCAGCGCCGCCGCCAGUCCAAGGAGCAGGAUGAGGUUCGACAUGGCAGAGACGUGGGACUCAUCAACAAAGAAAAUAUUCCUUCUGGGCUCAGCAACCUUGAUGAUUGUAUUUUGAAUGCUCAGGAAGUGGAAAAUUUACAUGAAAAUACUUCUGGCUAUAUAGGAGAAAGGAGCAAACCUAAACGCCAGAAAUCCAGUUCCAAACUUUCUGAUCUCAAUGAAAAUCAAGAUUAUCUUGUGAAUAUGGGAAGUCUCAACUCCACCCCAUCUCAUGAGAGUGCUAGAACUGAUCAUAUUGAACUGAUGUCUGAUGACAGGAAAGAAAAUGAAAAAGACAGUGGCCACAGCCAGCAUUUUGAGAGCCCCACGAUGAAGAUCCAGGAGCACCCCAGCAUCCCUGACACCAAACUGCAGAGGACUCCUGAUGCCGACACCCCGCAGGAGAGCUUCGUCCUGGAGGUGCCCCGUCUGGACCUGACCGCCUUGUGUGAGGAGAAGAGCUGGGCAGAUCCCAUGCCUGCUUUGUCCUCAUGGCAGCAGGAGAACGGGGACUCUGAUGAUGCUCCCCUCUCCCCACCAGUCGGGGAUCUCAUUCGUCAGCUUCUGGAUGAAGAUAGCGACCCCAUGAUCUCUCCUCGGUUCUACUCGUAUGGACAGAGUAGGCAAUACCUGGAUGACACAGAAGUGCCUCCUUCUCCUCCAAAUUCCCACUCUUUCAUGAGGCAACGGAGCUGCUCUCUGGGGUCCUACGAUGACGAACACGAGGACCUGACACCUGCCCAGCUCACACGAAGGAUUCAGAGUCUUAAAAAGAAGAUCCGGAAGUUUGAGGACAGAUUCGAAGAAGAGAGGAAGUACAAACCCUCCCACAGCGACAAAGCAGCCAAUCCUGAGGUUCUGAAGUGGACAAACGACCUUGCCAAAUUCCGGAAACAACUAAAAGAGUCAAAACUAAAGAUAUCUGAAGAGGACCUAACCCCCAGGCUGCGGCAGCGAAGCAACACACUCCCCAGGAGUUUUGGUUCCCAACUUGAGAAAGAAGAUGAGAAGAAGCAAGAGGUGGUAGAUAAAGCAAUCAAGCCCAAUGUGGAAGCCACGCUGGACUCCAUCCAGCGGAAGCUGCAGGAGAAGCGGGCAGAGAGCAGCCGUCCCGAGGACAUUAAGGCUCAGAGCAUGCUGGGACAGCUGGUCGCCUGGCUUCUCAGCUCUCUUGUUCUUGCUUUCCAGGUCACCAAGAACGAACGACAGGUUAUGAAGCCACUCUAUGACAGGUACCGGCUGGUCAAACAGAUCCUGUCCCGAGCCAACACCAUGCCCAUCAUGGGUUCCCCUUCCAGCAAGCGGAGAAGCCCUUUGCUGCAGCCCAUUAUCGAGGGCGAAACUGCUUUCUUCUUCAAGGAGCCAAAGGAAGAAGAGGAGGGUUCAGAAGACGAUAGCAACACCAAGCCAGACUUCACAGUCACUCUGAAAACCGAGUUCAGCGCUCAUUGCUUUCUCGACCAAUUUGAAGAUGGCGCGGAUGGGUUUAUUUCCCCGAUGGAUGAUAAAAUGCCAUCAAAGUGCAGCCAGGACUCCGGGCUUUCAAACCUGCAUGCUGCUUCCAUGCCAGAACUCUUGGAACACCUUCAGGAAAUGAGAGAAGAAAAGAAGAGGAUUCGAAAGAAACUUCGCGAAUUUGAGGACAAUUUCUUCAGACAAAAUGGAAGAAAUGUCCAGAAGGAAGACCGCACUCCUAUGGCUGAAGAGUACAGCGAAUACAAGCACAUCAAGGCGAAACUACGGCUCCUGGAGGUGCUCAUCAGCAAGAGAGAUGCUGAUUCCAAGUCCAUGUGAGGGGCAGCCCCGCCCGAGCAGAGGGGCCGGCGUGCACGGUGACCCUGCCUCCCCCGGGGAAGAGCCGCUCUGCAGACACUGGGAGGCAGCCUCAGAGCUGGACCUGCAAAGUAUGGAGCCCUUCCGCCUCCAAGCCUUGGGGGCGGCUCGUCUCCAUCGUCGGCCUUAGAAGCCACCUGCUGGGAGAAGGCCGCGCUGGUCCUGACUUGGGAAUCCUGUAAGGAAAAGUCGGGUCCCUGCGUUCACGGCACUCGGACACUCGCGGGAGCCUUUCUGACACUAGCGGUGAUGAAUCACUGCGUGGAGGCACCUCAUCCACAGAGGAUGUGCACUCUGCCCCCAUGGCUAGACGAAUGCAGUCUAACUUCGAUGAGACCCAGCUCGGGCCUUCCGGGAGCAAACUUGCUGGGCAGCUCCCUGUGCUCUCGGGGCCCCGUAAAUGGGGCCGUGCACUGCAGCCCUCUUUGCCGCCUCGGCCAAUCCUGUGACCUGUCCACGGAGCGGCGCCUUCCCCACGCGUGUGAAUUGUUCUCGUCAGCUCUCGGGGCGAUGGAAGCUGCGUCUGCCCAGAGAAGCAGCGCAGACAUCUCUGCCCGUGUGCUUCGAGGCGCCCUCCGCUGCCCCGGAACCGUGAUCCCUGCGGGCCUGGGUCACCGCAGAGGACAAAGGGAGGGUGGCAGGAGCUACGCUGACGCCGAUUUUUAAAUCCGGUAACAGGGUGACGCGCCGGGAGAGGCCUUUCCUGAACGUUGGCUGCACUCACCAUCUUGGGAUUUGAGCAUCAGACAGCGAGGCCAGCGUGUUGUGUGGGCUCCCGUGUGGGGCUCGGUCUCGUGUUGGCAUCAGCCACGCGGGAAGGGCCUUGUUUCACUCUUAGCCGAAGUGCAUGAGGAUCGUGAGAGAGAGAGAGCGAGCACCCGUGUUCUCAGCCACCUGAGUACUUACCAGGUGUUCGUGUUUUUUUUUUUAAGUAAACCUGCACUAAAAUCCCCUCCCUCGGGGGUAAAUGUGGCCCUUGGAUCGCAGCCCAAGGCAGACUCUAAAUCACACUAUUUCAAGAUCAUGUAUAAAGAGAACAAAUGAUGUGUAGCCGAUUAUGAUAAUUUUUUUCAAAGACUGUGUCACAAAGCUGUCUAUAUUAGACAUUAUGGAGGGACCAGGGAACUUCAGACACCAAAUCAUUCAUCUCCACAGUGUGCGGACAUCACCUCGUGAUUUGUGUUACUUUUUACACUUUUAUGUCCGCACCAGGGAAAGUGGAUUCUGGUUCGGUCCGUCCUGGGUCCGCCCUGUGCGCUGCGAGGCCGGGCAGGGGUCCGCACACCGCUGCAGCCGCUGGUUGCCGGGAGGGGGCGCUCCGGCAGCUCUGCCUUUUGAAGACAGUGUUGCAGGUUGAACAGGACCACGGGACCCCCACCUCUGUGUUGUGCCAUUUUGUGUGUGUGUUUUUAAAAAGAAGAAAACAUAAAACUCUAUUGACCAUUUGUCAGUUUCAGAAAACGGGUUCUUGAGAAACUGGUCAGAUGGGAUUUACAGCAGCAUUCCCCCUCGCUAAAGUGAGGGGGCAGCUCUGUCAACUGCAAACUGUUCGAGCUGAGAUGGGUGAGAAAGAACGCCUCCAAGUUUGCUCCUAAGUAUGUUUCUGUAGGAGCGUGAGCAAUGUGUCCGAAGCGCCCUGGUCUCAUCCACACACUUAAAGACGGUACCUAACCUUGUAAAUGUAAAGGCAAAUGAAAAUAUAGUUUGGUAUUCUCUGCUCUACUGUUUACAUUGCAGAUUGCUAUAAUUUCAAGGAGUUAUAUUAUAAAUAAAAUGACGCACUUUAGGAUGUUUUCUAUUUUUGAAAUCAGAAAAUCAUUCACAUGACCAAAAAUUGUAUUUUUAAAAGAAAUACAUGCCUCGUCUGCCCCUUGUAAAUAAUUGUUCUCUUAAAUAAGCUACGAUGGAAAUCACAUCAUGACCAGCUGAGUGUUAAAGCACAUCUGUUUAAAAGUAUUGUUUUGAAAAUACUAACAUGCAAAGGAAUUUAUAAAGAGGAAAAGUUAUAUAAAUGAGAAGUUUGUAAAUGUUUCGAAAUCUACUGUUUCUGCCAAAGGUAAGUUAUGUAAAAGAUUUAUUCAGGAAACCCCAUUCAAAUUUGUAUGAUUCAAUAAAAGACACCAAGUUACAGUAA